AUGUCCUCUUUCUCUCUCCCAGGCAUGCCCAGUUUCAUCAAGUCUCCAGACGACCAGACAGGUAUUUCGGGAGGCGUGGCGUCCUUCGUAUGCCAGGCGGUGGGUGAUCCCAAGCCACGCAUCACCUGGAUGAAGAAGGGCAAGAAAGUCAGCUCUCAGCGCUUUGAGGUCUACUAUUGUAUUUUAUUUAUUUAUUUGACAAAGAUGAUGUACAACAGAUAUUUCACCAGAUUUUAGCUACAUAGCUAAUCCUCACCCAUAAACGAGAAUGGAUUAGCUUGCCCGUACAGAGAAGGUUGAGAAACACUGUAGGAAGCCCAAGCAGACAUACUAUACCUUUCCUAAUUACAUUACCAGAUUCAUUCAUAUCCACAUCCUUGUUUCAAAGCAGCACUCAACCACAUGGAGUCUGUCUGUCUGUUUCAGUUGUCAGUUCAGUGACCACCUCCCUCUCUCGCUCUGUCUGCCUUUUUUUCCACCAAAGAAGCACCUGAAGCAAUCCGAAGGUACGCCACCCUGCUCAGACAAGGCUGACAGGCAGACAGACAGACAAACAAACAAACAAACAGACUGGCAGAGAGAUAGACCAGCAGGCAUGUGCACAGAUCGGGCUCAACCAGUGCUCGAGUACCUGCCCUUUUGCCCUCCUAUCAGCUCUGUGGAUUACUUUCUUUUAUUUAUAGUUUCUUUAAAAAUAUACAUUACCAGUCAAGUUUGGACACACCUACUCAUUCAAGGGUUUUUCUUUAUUUUUACUAUUUUCUACAUUGUAGAAUAAUAGUGAAGACAUCAAAACUAUGAAAUAACACAUCAUAUAGUGACCAAAAAAGUGUUAAACAAAUCUAAAUAUAUUUUAUAUUUGAGAUUCUUCAAAUAGCCACCCUUUGCCUUGAUGACAGCUUUGCACACUCUUGGAAUUAUCUCAACCAGCUUCAUGAAGUAGUCACCUGGAAUAUAUUUCAAUUAACAGGUGUGCCUUCUUAAAGGUUCAUUUGUGGAAUUUAUUUCCUUCUUAAUGUGUUUGAGCCAAUCAGUUGUGUUGUGACAUGGUAGGGGGGUAUACAGAAGAUAGCCUUGUUUGGUAAAAGACCAAGACCAUAUUAUGGCAAGGACAGCUCAAAUAAGCAAAGAGAAACGACAGUCCAUCAUUUACUUUAAGACAUGCUUCAUAGAGUUCAAGUCACAGACACAUCUCAACAUCAACUGUUCAGAGUGGACUGUGUGAAUCAGGCCUUCAUGGUCGAAUUGCUGCAAAGAAACCACUACUAAAGGACACCAAUAAGAAUAAGAGACGUGCUUGGGCCAAGAAACACGAGCAAUGGACAUUAGACCGGUGGAACGUUGUCCUUUGGUCUGGGUGAACGAAUGAUCUCCGCAUGUGUAGUUACCACCGUAAAGCAUGGAGGAGGAGGUGUUAUUGUGUGGGGGUGCUUUGCUGGUGACACUGUCUGUCAUUUAUUUAGAGUUCAAGGCACACUUAACCAGCAUUGUUACCACAGCAUUCUGCAGCAAUACGCCAUCCCAUCUGGUUUGGGCUUAGUGGGACUAUCAUUUGUUUUUCAACAGAACAAUGACCCAACACACCUCCAGGCUGUGUAAGGGCAAUUUUACCAAGAGGGAGGGUGAUGGAAUGCAGCAUCCGAAGACCUGGCCUCCACAAUCCCCCGACCUCAACCCAAUUGAGACGGUUUGGGAUGAGUCGGACGGCAGAGUGAAGGAAAAGAAGCCAACAAGUACUCAGCAUAUUUGGGAACUCCUUCAAGACCUUUGGAAAGCAUUCCAGGUGAAGCUGGUUGUGAGAAUGCCAAGAGUGUGCAAAGCUGUCAUCAAGGCAAAUGGUGGCUAUUUGAAGAAUCUCAAAUAUAAAAUAUAUUUUGAUUUGUUUAACACUUAUUUGGUUACUACAUGAUUCCAUAUGUGUUAUUUCGUUGUUUUGAUGUCUUCACUAUUAUUAUACAAUGUAGAAAAUAGUAAAAACAAAAGAAAAACUUUUGAAUGAGUAGGCGUGUCCAAACUUUUGACUGCUACUGUAUAUUUUAAAUGUAAUGAAUUGGACAUCAAACUAUCUCAUUUCAUGUAUCUUGAAUCCCGAUUUCACUCAUCUUGUCUCUAGUUAGUAGCCUACUAGGAGUCACUGGCACUAGCUUGCUUACAAUGAGUGAUGAAUGUGCUGUUGCAGAAAAUAAAUAGGCCAAUGCAACAAAAUACUAAUCUAAAUGUUCUGAUACAUAAACAGUUUAUAUAUUAUGAAUUUGGAGUUAUGAAUAAUGGGACCAAGGGAAUAGCCCCUUCAGUGAAAACCCAGCCUAUCUGGUACUCUAGGCAGGCUCAAGUGAAUGCUCAAAGUGAUCAAAAAAUGUCAGAUACUAUUUGAACCCAGGUGUGCUCCACUGAUACAGAUCCAGUCAUUCGAGUAAAGAAUGUUCUGGAAUGUUCAGGAAUGUUCUCUUCCUGUGAUGUGGAUGUUUGGGUCAGCCACUUCCCACCUCAGCGGAAGGACGUUUAGGAGACCUCUGACCUCUAAUUCUUUACCCCCCCCCCCCCCCCCCCCCCCCCCCUAAAAGCUGGCUUCCUGAAAUACCUGUGUCCACUCAGGCUCAUAAUUUCAUACAACAGAUGAUUUCUCUCUAAUUGGGUGAUUAUAUUAGAUCAGACUUACUUACUCCUCUUUGCUCCCUGCCUGUGGAGCAUAGGGCAGCAGCAAGGUCAUGCAAUGCCGGUUGGUCCUUUGGAAUUGAGAUCAGAAUAGAGUAGUCUCUAUUUGAGAUGGCUUAAUAGUACUGAUGGAGUUUGAGUUUGGUCAAGUUUGCCUUUUCUGUCUGCUUGUGCAGACUGGGUAGAAUUGGAGCAUACACUGUACUCUUGUUAUAAACCCAGUUCCUCAGUCCCUCCUAGCUAAAUAGUAACUAGCAGUUAUCUUACCCCUGUAUUAGUCCCCCUGCCAGUGAUCAAACCAGGAGUGUUCCCUGGGCUCAGUGGGCUCUACAGUGCUCUGGUGGUCCUGUACGUGUUGAUGAAAUAGCGAUCAAAGGGAUGCCCGUGCUAAAAUUACUGUUUAAAUCAGUUUAGAUUUGAAUAUUAGUCACAGGAUGAUCAUGGGUCUGAUUGUAAUGCCUUUUAUCUCCUCUCCCCAUCCAUGUGUUCAGGUGAUAGAGUUUGAUGACGGCUCAGGGUCCGUCCUGCGUAUCCAGCCCCUGAGGACCCACAGGGACGAGGCCAUCUAUGAGUGUACCGCCAUCAACAGUGUGGGAGAGAUCAACACCAGCGCCAAACUCACCGUCCUGGAAGGUACGAUACACCUCUCUCACUCCUUUUCUCUGUCUCUCUCUUGA